UUAAGAAGAAGCAUUUUGAGUGAAUGGUAAAUACGUCGCUACUUUCUUUCGCCGGCCCAGUUGGCUGGUUGUAUAGUAAUAACAAAAAAAGUAAAUAAAGUGUAGCUAACAUUAUUUUUUAACGCUCUUCACGUUUUUUACCGGUUUAUAUAUAGUAAUGCAAUAAUAUAACCAAAAUGUAUUAUCCAUCAAUUACAACGAUAUUGGGCGUUGCCUUUAUGGCUUACAUAGCCCAUUCUAUGUGGGUGAUGGCUCAGUUGUUCACUACGUUACAUUGUUCAGGCCAACCGUGCUAUUCAUCAUUUCUGAGUGAUAACCCACGAAUGCAAUUAGCAUUAUUUACGUCCACCACCCCAAAUCCGAUAACCAACGAAGUUUCUAAAAUAUUUAGUACUAAAAGAUUCGAUUAUAGAAAUUCUUAUUUAGAAGAGUUCGAAAUUGAUGUACCAUUAAAAACUCGCCGUAACGGAAGCCUAUAUUUGCAGGUUGUCUUAGCUUUGGAAGGCGAACCACUGGAGUGGAGAACCUUAAGAAGAGAUGGCCCUACGAUUAUCCACGUAACCAGGUUGACAGAAUUUAUUACGCCGCGAAUAGAAGCAUUUAAUCUGCUUGGUGACAGCAGAGAAGCGAAUACACAUCAAGCUGAGAAAAAAGAUAAUAUGAAAUCAGGCAAAGCAAAUGAUAAUACCAAGGAAAGAAAGCCAGUUACACAUAUUAUGUCUCAUGUUCACAUAAAUUUACUAACAGACGCUAUAUCAUUAUCAAAUGCUGAUGUUCCGCCUGAAAUGGCGAAGCUAAUACAAAUAAAUCGCAAUCGUCAAAUAAUGCCAAUCCUUAAAACAGAUUUCUUUAACACGCGUUUAAAAAAUUUGGUACAAGUGACCAGAAAUACCACCGAAUUUAACAUAACAUUUUAUUAUAAACCAAUUGGCAUUGGAAAACUACGUUUAAUGCUUAUGGUCGAACAUGCCAUGCAAAUGAUGCAAACUAUAGGCUUCUCAAAGAAGGAUAUUGAUGAAGUAAAGGGUAUGUUCUCUGACACAAACGUAUAUCUGCUAUGCGGUACUAUAUUCGUCGCAAGUGUGCAUAUACUAUUUGAUUUCCUCUCCUUUAAAAAUGAUGUGAUUUUCUGGCGCAGAAAAAAGUCAUACGAGGGUCUAUCAACGCGCACAACACUUUGGCGAGCAUUCUCACAAAUUGUUAUUUUUAUGUAUUUACUAGAUGAGAACACAUCAAUGCUGGUACUGGUUCCGGCUGGUCUAGGAAUGUUUAUAGAAUUGUGGAAGUGCAAGAAGAUAUUAAAAUUAGAAAUAGGCAUGCGUGGCAUUAAACGAAAACAACUUAAAGAAGAACAAUCAAGCAGAAAUGCGGAAAAGAAAACCGAAGAAUUCGAUAAGCAAGGCAUGAAAUAUUUGAGUUAUUUAUUAUAUCCGUUAUGCUUGGCUGGCGCUAUUUAUUCACUCUUAUAUCAGCCACAUAAAAGUUGGUACUCUUGGACUCUUAACUCGCUUGUUAAUGGCGUUUAUGCCUUUGGUUUUCUAUUCAUGUUGCCACAAUUGUUUGUAAAUUAUAAGCUGAAAUCCGUUGCAGCGCUACCGUGGAGAGCUUUUAUGUACAAGGCAUUUAACACUUUCAUAGAUGAUUUCUUUGCUUUCAUUAUCACCAUGCCUACUGCGCAUAGAGUAGCAUGUCUGCGAGAUGAUGUUGUGUUCCUUAUAUACUUAUAUCAGCGCUGGCUCUAUCCAGUGGACAAGAACAGGCUUGAUACUGGCCUCGCAAUUGAAGAAAAUACUGAGACUGAGGAAAUUAUGACUUCUACAAGUAAUUCUAAUAAAAAGGACAACUAAUACGCAAGCUGUCUGACACAAAGGAUGCAAUGAAACCUAUAACAUUCCUUUAAUCUGAGUUAAUACAGCGAAAGUUGUAGCACUGAAAUAAAUGCACUAAAUGUUUUGUAUUUCACCAAAGCAAUUGAUUUGUUAUUAUGUAUGAUUGUAUGUCCGUAUUAGUAAAAAUUGAGUGUUUUUGAAUAAAGAACAAGUUACAUGUG